UGAGCUGAUUUGUUUGUUACUGUUCCUGGUGUAACCCUAGAAAAGAGGGGCAUGUGUUGAAUAAACCGACAGUAAGAGUAAUCCUGCAGCAGUCACUUUACUCGAUCCAGAAUGGUUCGGGGUUGUGCUUUUCCCAGCUGCACCAGCAAGAUGACUAAGAGAAGUGGGCUCAGUUUCCAUCGCCUUCCUUUCCACACUCCCAGAGUCCUGCGCAUGUGGCUGCUCGCCCUGGGGAUGGAUGCAAACACUCCAGUGAACAAACUCCGAGCUGCUGAUCUCAGAGUGUGUGGAGCUCACUUCUCCGACCGGGACUUCUUCACAGAAACCGCUCGUAAAACCACACGCAAGCUCCGCUGUCUGAGGAGAUCAGCUGUCCCUCACUCAGACCCGGGGCGCUUCUGGGGCAGCACUGAACCUGAGGAUUGUAACCUAAAAGAUGAGCCACAUCCAGUGAUUAUUGGACAGUAUGAGAUUGUGACAGUACCUCAACCUGAUCACAAAAGUAGGGCUAUCAAGAGCCUUCAGCCUUCUUAUCAAGGAACUAACAUUUUUAAGAGUCAAGAGGUGCUGGUAAACACACACUGCCUGCUGGAGCUCUUCCAGUUCUGCUGGCUUUGUCAUAAAGAGUGCUACAUUACCAUUGAAGGCAAUGAGAAGCUGUUUUCAGUCACCCAGAACUGCCAAAGUUGUGGUCACCACAGAGACUGGAGGAGUCACCCGCCUUCAUCCAAGCCUGCAGAAACCUUUCAUAAUGAACCCAAAGAUCAUGUUGAGACAUUUAAUAAAAAACAUGAAGAUAAUGAUGAUGCAACUUCAUACAUAGAGGUAGAGCACACAUUGGAGCCUGGGGAUGAGGAUAGUGAGGAGUGGCAUCUUGGUGGUGAGUUGGGCUUCCCCCUGACAGCGUGGGGAGGAGGCAUGAGACACACUCGUCCUCAGGCUAACACCAUGCAUUUGGAGCUCUACAAGCUGUCCCUAGAGGACAUGUGUGUUGUGGUCCAGAUUGGGUCAUCGGAUCAUGAGGGAAGUGAGCAAAGCUAUGAGCAAAUGUUCAUUGAAACAGAUGGGUCAUAUUUUUCAAGUUCAGAAGAGGAAACAAGCUUGCUUGAAGAGAAGAAAAAGAAAUUGUCUAAAAGAGAAGACAGUUCAGACGAGUGGCAGCCGGAUUUGGGUGAAGAGGCCACAGACUCUGAUGUGUCCAUGGAUGAAGACCUGUUCACAGCUUUAAAGGAGGAUGGUGAGGGUAAACUUGUGGUGUGGUGUACACAAUGUGGGACCGAGGUCUCGCUGUCCUGUUCUGUCCUUCGUCACAAAAAAGCGUUCUGCUGUGCUCAGUGUGAUGUUGGUGAUGAUACUGAGAUGCAGAGUUUAGAAAAACUACCUGUUCAUUUUGAUGACUUGGCCAGUUUUCAGAAACAUGCUGAACAGGAGCAUGGAGUCAAGACAUUGUACAAGUUGUGCCAGGAAUGUGGCAAGUUUGUUAUAACAGACCCUCAAACCAAAGGUUUGAAAGAACAUAAAUGUGAACAAAAGAUCAAGUUUAUUGUCUGUCCAGAGUGUGGGAAAAGAUUCCUCACUGAGGUCGGCUUAAAAAGGCAUUGCACUAAACUCCAUGAGGAUUCCGACCACCCAUGUAAGUACUGCUUGAUGGUGUUUAAGAACAGACCAGCAAAACUGGAACAUGAGCAGACUCAUCCUAAGGAAAAACAGCCAUACAGUUGUCCAGACUGUCCAGAGAAAUUUGACAAUCUUUACAAACGCAACAGCCAUGUCAGGUUGCACCGAGGUCCAUAUAAGUAUUUGUGUGAUAUAUGUGAAAAACGCUUUAAAGACCUCCACAGGCUGAGGAGGCAUAAACUCAUCCACUCUGGAGAAAAGCCUUUCAAAUGCCAAGUGUGUGAGCGUUCCUUUAACCAAAUGGAAAACCUCACUUCCCACAUGCGUGUCCACACUGGAGAGAAACCUUUCAUGUGUGAGCAAUGUGGAGAGUGUUUUAACCAUAACAUCAGCCUGAAGAACCACAAACAACGACACCAUGAUUUGGUUUUGAGUCAGGAGGAAGACGAAACAGGGUGAACUCGAGAAUAAACUUUACGAGUAUGAACUAAAUACAGCAGUUCGUUAAUAAAAGUUGAAGCCACAUGAUUGAAAUGAGCACAAGGGUACAUGAUGCAAUGUCAUAAUGGGUUUGUUUUUUUCUGUCUCUUGUAGCUUGAGUACUUUUCAGACAGAACUGUUGCUUCCCUAGUGAGUACUUUUGAAUUCCACAUAUGUUUAUUGUGGAACCAAAAAAACAAAAUCACGACUUGAUUAAUUGGGAAACAAUACAAAUGAGCACUUUCAGGAGUGUCAUCAUACUUAAGAAGAUGGAAAGCAUGUUAAUGAUUACUUCACCUACCAACAUGAAACUAAUUUCUUCUGAAUACAGCUUUAACUGAAACCAUAGACCUUAAAAGCACUACCUAGAGCCAUGAUACAGUAGCAAUAUUGAGACCAAAUAAUAUUUAUCAGAAAGAGAAAUUAUGAGUUAUUUAAUGUGCACUUAUCCCAAACUUGGGGGGAAAAAAUGGGUUCCUUAAGGGUUCUUUGGCUGGUUGAGGGACCUAGAGUCCUCAGGACAUUCAGUUUGUAACCUUUUUUUUUUUAAGCACUAGACAGGAAGCCCACAAUGUUCUCCCUAGAUUGUUUUCACGCUUGAGGUUUUAUGUACAACCUCAAUUUAAAAAAAUUUGGGACACUGUAAAACAAAUAAAAACAGAAUGUGAGGAUUUGCACAUCAUGGAAACCCUAAAUUUCAUUGAAAACAGUACAAGGACAAUGUACGAAAUGUUGAAACAGAAAUUUUUAUUAUUAUUUUUUUUAAAUAUAUAUGUGACCCCUCACCGAAUCCAGGAACACAUGUCGGCCGAAACGAAUCCGAGAUAAUCGCAAAAGAAGCUUUUUUUUUUUUUUCAAAAUUUGUGAUUUUUGUUUUUUUCCAUCAUGUGCAAGUUGAGAUCUUGAAGAAUGCAAUCAGUAUUUCAGAUAAUAGAUUGUUUUGUUGGAAAAGCAUACUUUUUUUGUUGCAAAUUGUCUCGUUUUUGUCAGGACUGUAGCCUGCUGGGGGGUGUGGGUAAAUUACCAUAUGGGCCAUUCACAUGAUGAUUUAAGUCAUUUGUUUUUUUUUUUCCGCGAAUCAGCUGUAUGAUCCGAGUUGAGCGCAUGGCUACUUAACCUGCAUACAGGCGUGUGAUUUCACUAUGGAAUGAGUUACUAAACAGAGCGCAGAGGAGGUGACACACCGCGAAGCAAACAGACACACGGUAUUUACAUAGGAGAUCACCAUUUCUAAAAAACCCCGCAACCUCGUUUUCCAGAUUGAAUGGAAUACUUGAAUGAUUGGAUGAUACACGGACCGUUCUAGGACUACAUUCCAUCGGAGGCAUUGGUGUGUGCAAGGCGCCAUUUCUCUUUCUGAUGGGGUAAGUUUAUUAAUCUAAGGCUGUGUGGUUAUUUUUGCAUGUAACGGAGAGUGUUGUGGUUUGGUUAAGCCUAGGUCACAACCGGACGUACGAUUUUUUGGCCGUGUGAUUUUUGGCGUUUCCCAAAUCGCUGCGGUUUUUUUUGUUCACGGAGAAAGGCGCGCGUUGGCCGUAAGUUUGUCUUGCAACCUGAAAAAAACGUAAGCGCCUGUAGAGUUUGUUUGACAUGACAAAGAACCUCUGCGGCCGGUCUGCGGCUCGAAAAUCAGCACAUCACAUGCGCGCUCUCGUGCGUUUCAUGCGCGCUCUCCGUGCGUUUCUUGCGUUUUUUGCAUGUAGACCGGCUGUAGGAGCACAUACGGCCGGUUGUGACCGAGGCUUUACAUGAAACUAGUGUUGUGUUAGUUGUGUUAUCAUCGUGCUAUCUUUCUUUCUUACGGUGUGAGUAAUUUUUCAACCACAAAACGUUAAAGUAUACUUUAGGACUUAUUUUUGUACUUCAUAAUUGUUUUGGGCAUACUUUGCAUGGAAGGAAAAUUGACGUGGUGAUCUUUGUUUACAUGAAAGUAGUAUCGUGCUAGCUCGUAGGGGGUAGGGCUUUCCUUAAUGUCAUGCAGAUGAGCACCAUUAUGUGCCCGCCCUGCACCCAGAGUAGCUGAGAUGGAAAACUUUGAGGGCGAUUUUCUCCCUUUUCUGUUUUAAGAAGUAUACACUUUCAAAAGGCCACACAUUCUUCAAAUAUUGUCAGAUCUCCACAUGGAAGGCAUCAUUGGAAAGCUUAGAAACUGUACUUUCUGAAUCUGUCAAUAACUCAAAAUGCCCCCGGGCCGACGUGUCCCUGGAUUCUGUGAUCUGCCACAUAUGCUCAUUUUGAAUUUGAUGUCAGCAGCAUGUUUCAGAAAAGUUGGGACAGGGGCAACAAAAGACUGAAAAAGUUGUCAUGCUUAACAAAAACCUAAUUUGGUUAAUUGGCAACAGGUCUGUAACAUGAUUGGGUAUAAAAAAGAGCAUCCCAGAGAGGCGGCGUCUCUCACAAGUAAAAAUGAGGAGGGGUUCACCGCUCUGUGAAAGACUGUGUGGGCAAACAGUGCAGCAAUUUAAGAAUAAUGUUCUUCAGUGUAAAAUUGCAAAGAAUUUGGGCAUCACAUCAUCUAUGGUCCAUAAUAUCAUUAAAAGAUUAAAGUAGAAAUUCUUUUUAGAAAUCAUGGGCACCACGUCCUCCAGGCUAAAGAGGAGAGGGACCAUCCAGUUUAUCAUCAGUGCACAGUUCAAAAUCCAGCAUCUGUGAUGGUAUGAGGGUGCAGUAGUGCACAUGACCUGGGUAGCUUGUACAUCUGGGAAGGCAUCAUUAAUGCUGAAUGAUAUAUACACAUUUCAGAGCAAUAUGCUGCCAUCCAGACAAAAUCUUUUUCAGGGAAGGCCUUCCUUCUUUCAGCAAGACAAUGCCAAACCACUUUCUGCACAUAUUAAAACUGCAGUAAGAGCCCGGGUGCUAAACUGGCCUGCCUGCAGGUGCAUUAUGAAGCAUAAAAUAUGACAAAGGAGACCCUGAACUGUUGAGCAACUGAAAUCCUAUACCAGGCAAGAAUGGGACAGCAUUUGUCUUUCCAAACUACAGCAAUUGGUUUCCUCAGUUCCCAAACAUUUACAGUGUUGUUAAAAGUAGAGGUGAUGCAACACAUUGGUAAACAUGCCCUUGUCCCAACUUUUCUGAACCGUGUUGCUGACAUCAGAUUCAAAAUGAGCAUAUAUUAAAAAGAAAACAAUAAAAUUUUUGUUUGAACACCCUGGAGAGGUGUUCCAGGCAUGUCCCCCUGGGAGGAGGCCCCGGGGAAGACCCAGGACACGCUGGAGGGACUAUGUCUCUCGGCUGGCCUGGGAACGCCUCGGUGUUCUUCCCGAGGAGCUGGCCGAGGUGUCUGGGGAAAGGGAAGUUUGGGCUUCCAUGCUCAGACUGCUGCCUCCGCGACCCGGCCCCGGAUAAAGCGGAUGAAGACGAGAUGAGACAAUAAAAUUUUCAGUUUCAGCAUUUGAUAUGUUGUCUUUGUACUACUGAAAUAUACAAUACUUUGGAUAUCGUAUUGUAUACAAUAUUUUGUAUAUUGUUUACGUGUACUUUGUACAAUGAAACAUAGGGUUUCCAUGAUUUGCAAAUUAUCACAUUCUGUUUUUAUUUCCAGUUUACACAGUGACCCAACUUUUUUGGAAUUGGGGUUGUACUCCAGAAUACAUUUGUUCAAGUGUUAAAGCUGUUUUUGAGUCUUGGAGAGGUGCAGGAACUCUUCUCUGAGCCAAGGCUCAUUUCAACUGAACCCUCAUAGUCUGCAUAGUGUGUGGAAACUAUGCUCUCUUAGCACUGCAUGUCAAGUAACUUGAUUUGUUUAUCAUGUUACUUCCUGUUUCAAGUUUCAUGAUGGUGGAUAAAGGGUUGUUCUAGUCAGCUGAAGAGACAAAACACCUUAUUGGUGUAUGGAGCAAAGAAAGCACUUGAAUGCAAAUUGACACAUCUGAUAAAAUCACAGGAUUCUUUUUUUUUUUCUUCUUAUAUAUAUAUGCAGGCAGCUCCAGCUCCAUUUAAGUGUUGGUACCAAAAAUGCAUGGGUUAACCUUGGCGUAUGGAAUUGCACAACUGAUCUAUGGUUUGGAAGGAAUAAUUUUAUAUGAAAGAAAACUUUGGUGUAGGCUUAAGUAUUUCGGCCAGAUGUCAAAACGUCUCAUGAAACAUUAAAGAGUUCUCUGAAACAAACAAACUAAAGAACCUUAUACUGUUCUAGAUAAGACCCUUUUUUCUAAGACUGCUGAUGACCAUAUCAACCUCCCAAAAUGGAUUUCUUUGGAAUGAAUUUGUCAUUCAUUUGUCACAGAUGUUUCAAAAUUUAUGGAACAACAAAUUACAACUAACACAGUGUUUCCUCCCCAUUUAUUCAUAUGGUGGUUGCAAAGCAGACAUGCUGUUGUUUCAGAACAAGAAUGUAUUGUGAACAAGUCUUUUGUUUUUGUUCAUGAGAGAAAAUGUGGUUAUUUUUGUUGAGAUGCAUAACUGACCAUCUGAGUGCAUUGUUGUUAUUAAUAGGUUUUUUAAAUUGAUUCUAUAUAAUAAAAUAUGUUAAUUUAUCACUGGGUAAAAAUUACCUGCAGAGCAUGGUUUUAUUUUUCAAUCUACCCCUAGGUUUGACUAGCAUAGGAACAAGUCAUGUUUUCCAGGCAACAAGAUGCUCUGGACCUGGGCGAAAACGUGGUGGUCAGUGUUCAACAUUGCAAAGACACCAAGGCUAUUUUCACAGCAAGGCUACUGAAAGCUGUUCUCAAGCUCCCAGAGGAAGAGGACCUCGGCAUCGAGCGCGCGCAUAGGUCGCUUGCGGCAAAACCCACAAACACCAAUGUUUCCAGAUCGAUUGUGGUGAAAUUCCUUCACUUUCAGACAAAAGCAACAGAUCCUGUACAAAGUCUGGAACACAAAAGAAUUGCAGUUUGAGGGGAGCCAUAUCACUUUCGACCAGGUCUGUAGCCAGCAUUUUAAAAUCACUGAGGUUCAUGAUGGAAAAAUUUUCGACAUAUUUAAAUAAGAGGAGUGAAUUACACAUCACACAAGAGGUCUAUUCCUGAAAUUACUUUUAAUGGUGUUUGAACUGAAUAUCAUCAGUUUUGAAAAAAAAAAACUCAUGUAUGUGGCAAGAGUAAGAAUAAUUUAAGCUUGUUUAAUGGUUUGAUCUGGCCCAAGCAAUGAGGACAAAAGAUACCCUAAUCAUGUACCCUAUGGAACUGAGAUACAUUCACAAUCUGGCAUCCGUUACACCUACACACAAAAAAAAAACAAUUCUGGGAAAAAAAAAAUCAGUAUACACCACCAUGUUUAAAUAAAGAGUAGGGGUAACUUUAAACUUGUUGAACAAUUUGCCUUAUCAACCGUGUGUGUGUGUGUGUGUGAGAGAGAGAGAGAUUCCCAGAUUCCUGGUUUCUUCAGCUCAGCAUACUGAAAUGACAAAAUAAAAAUAAUAUUUAGGCAGAAAUAAGUGAGUAUUAGUGCAAAUUGCACCACAGAAAAUUGGUUUACAAAUCUCAACAACAACCUCUUUCAUCAAAGGCUCGCUGAAUCCUCCUGUGACCAGAGGCAUCCCACCAUCUAAGGACUUUCUCCUGGUCCACUUCCACUUUCUGAUGCACAUGCAUCAUUGCUAGGCCUGUCAAUCUGUCAUUGGACAUGGUGGACAUAAGCCAUGUCUUUAGCCUUCGCAUGGCUGAGCCUUUUAUCUACACCACAGCAAAAUCAGCUCUUAAAAAUGACUGAGGUCCGGACCUCGGGGGCCUCAUAGCUGGCUAUGGCCAUGCUUUCAACCAUGACUACUCGGCCGCCCUGCAGUGUAGGCGAAGGGAAUAUGGAGAGAUUAAACGCCAGCUGAUGGAGCGUAACAUCAAGUUCAGGACGUCUUAUCCAGCGGUACUGAGAGUUUCUUUGAGUGAUGGGGAAAAGCUCUUCAGCUCGGCAUGGGAGGCAGUGGACCAGCUGAGGCACCUGGGCAUUACUGCAAGACUAUCGGAAGCGUAGCUUAUGGAAAAAGAGUUGCAGCAGCGGGGUUGGCCGGCUCCGCUCCGGCCCAGCGGGGAGCAGCUCACACGUACACUGGUGAGGGACAUCGAUGCGCUCUCAAACUGACUUAUGACAACGGAGGUGAGAUGGGAGAUGAGAAGAGCAUCAGACAUAAAGCAAGUCCAGGAGUGGUGUUUAAGUUGGGGCAUGAAACCUACUACAAGGACAUGGUUCUAUGAUCUUUUGGUGAUUUGUUUAAUUGAUAAGGUCCAACGGACAAUGGGGACAGGGUAUGCACGUAACAGAUAGACAACUGUAUAAUGAAGUCCCACACUGUCAUGAGAAGCUGAGUUCUCUCGAGGCACUAAAAGAGAGGGAUGUAAUAAUUAGAGCCGGGCACUGUUUUUUUCCUUCUUUCUUUUUCCCCCUCUCUUUUUUUUUUUAACGAAGUGGACUUUUGCAUGUGGUUAUCUCACGAUGUCACUUAGACCAGCUCGGAAUGUAUUUGGUAGGUUUGCCUC